GAAGUGACUAGAACCUGGAAGAUAACAGCUGGCGUUGCACAUGCAAACGGUCACUUCAAAGAUGCCUCGCUUGUCAUGAUAGCUGUGGGCUGGGCCAGAGGAGCUGGUGGUGGCCUGAUUUCCAACUUUGAACAGCUGGUGAGGGGAGUGUGGAAACCUGAGACCAAUGAACUACUGAAGAUGUCCUACCCUGUGAAGGUAACAUUGAUAGGAGCAGUUCUUUUCACGCUGCAACACAGCCAGUAUUUGCCAAUAGCAAGAUACAACCUCAUGUUUUUAUACACCGUCUUUCUUGUUGUCUCCAAGGUAACAAUGAUGUUGACAAGAUCUGCAACUUCUCCGUUUGCUCCCUUUGAGGCUGCUUUAGGCUCUGUGUUCUUUGGCUUGCCAAAGACACCACCCAAAGUGAAGGGUGAAGGUGCAACAUCUUCCAAUGACUCUUCAGUCAGUGACCGGUCUUCUUCUGAACAGCACUGUGAUAGUGCUAAGAAAAGAGAGGCAAAGAAAACAGAAUAA